UCCUCCUCUGUACUUUUUCUGCCUGCUUUGAGGGGCUGAGGGUAGUGACUCCAGGGUGAGUAAGUGUGGAUUACUGACCGUGGGCAUGCCUGCUGCAAGACCCUGUGUGAGCUGCUGAAGAUCAGAUGUUGAACAAGAUGUCUUCGCUUGGACUGUGGCUUGGUGUGCUGGUGGGCCUGUGCAUCGGGCACUCACAUGGAUGGUUUUGGUAUGAUGACUCAAAGGACAACAGCGAGAGCACUCCAACACCAGCCUAUGUGACUACUUUAGGCACAACUCUUCCAACAACAGUACCUACAAGUAAACCCUUGAGGACAGAAGGCACAGAUGCUUCCGGUGUGGAUGUCCUUGCAAAGGGUGAGGAGAUGGGGAGUGGAGGGGGAUCUAGAGUUGGUUCAGCCUUGAAUGAGCAGUCAAAGCCUGAGGUAGAACAUGGUUCUGUGUUAAAUGCUGACUCUGGAUCUGGAUCAUUGUCUGUUUCUGUGUCUGGCGUUGACCCUGAAUCUGGGCCUACACUUAAACCUGCCAAUGGGUCCCCUCUGUGGGAAAAUCAGGAAGUCAACAAUGUUCAAGCCAAUUUAUCUAUUGGUAUGGAUAAUAACCGUGUUCUUGCGGCGGAUACUGAGCUGGAGAAGAAUCUGACCAAAGUGGAUCUCUCUCAAAUGGAUGAAGACCGUGGAAAUGUUUCUGCUUCACCAGAUGACCUCAUUACGACAGUUUCGCUCUCACAGCUGAUUGGUUACCCUCUUCCUGAAGGCGUCACCAAAAGUUAUGACCCAGACUCUUCAGGCUUUGUGUUCGAUCAGAACUCCAAGACCGGUCAGCUGGCCCGUGCGCACCUGCCCACAUCUUUUUUCCGUGACUUCUCCCUCCUGUUCAACGUGAAGCCCACUUCCACCAAAGCUGGAGUCAUCUUCUCAAUCACUGACACCAACCAGAAAAUCAUGUAUGUGGGGGUGAAGCUUUCAGCCGUGGAGAACGGAAAGCAAAAAAUUGUCCUGUUCUACACUGAGCCAGACUCCCAGGCAUCCUAUGAGGCUGCAAGCUUCACUGUUCCCUCCCUUGUCAACUACUGGGCUCGUUUCUCUAUCAGUGUGAUGGAUGAUAAAGUCACCCUGUACCCCAGUUGUGACUCCGAGCCCAAGGUGCUCCCCUUUGAGCGUUCUCCAGAUGAAAUGGAGUUGGAAUCAGGAGCCGGGAUCUUUGUGGGUCAAGCUGGAGGAGCUGAUGAUGAUAAGUUUGUGGGUAUUAUUGGAGAUUUGAAGGUGGUUGGAGACCCCCAUGAGGCUGAACGGUAUUGUGAGGAAGAAGAGGAUGAUUCCGAUGGAGCCUCGGGUGAUUAUGGAAGCGGUGAUUACAAAAACAAGCACACAGCCUCGACCACAAGUCAACCUUCCAAUCCCCUACAGCAGCCACCAGUAAAACCUACUGUGGUAACAGUGAGCAAGGACGUGCCCAAAGGCUCAGUUGAUGGCUAUGGACGAAUUUCUGGCUCAUAUCCUGAUUCUCAUCGAAUGUCUGGCUCACACGGUAAUUCUGGACGAUCAUCUGGCACAAAUGACUAUUCUUCUGGCACUUAUGACAAUUCACACCGAACAUUUGGCUCAUAUGACAAUUCUCAACCAACAUCUGACACACAUGAUGAUUCCUGGCAUACAUCUGACUCAGCCGCUGGCACACGGACUUCAGUUUUGAACCAAGAUAACAAGCGAACCUCAGACCGAACUGCCGAUUCAGGGCGAAUUUCAAGCUCUGGGAAGGUAACAGGUUUGUCUGAAAGCUCCCGACAUACAUAUACUGUGAGUACCGGUGGCCGAGGAGUUUCUGGCUCCAGUGCUGAGAGAGGCAAGUCUGUGGAGCUCAGGCCUGGGACUUCCAGCUCCCAAGUGCUAGCAGCUGCAGGAGCAAAAGGUGAGAAAGGAGAGAGAGGACCCAAAGGAGACCGUGGUCCUGCGGGGCCCAAGGGGGAGGCAGGGUCCAUGACCGGAUCUGGAGGAGGUGCCAAAGGAGAGAAAGGCAGCCUAGGAGAAAAGGGAAUGAAGGGUGCUGCAGGAUUUGGCUAUCCUGGGGUAAAGGGUGAUCAAGGACCUCCUGGUCCACAAGGUCCUCCUGGUCCUCCCGGGCCCAGUGCUGACGUUGUGGAGAGGGGAGACGGCUCGGUAGUAGUACAAGGACCAAGAGGACCUCCAGGGCCAGCGGGGCCUGCCGGGCCUGAAGGAGAACCUGGUGACCCUGGUGAAGAUGGAAGUGCUGGACCAGCCGGACCACGCGGUUUCCCAGGAACCCCUGGAGAUCCUGGAGCUAAAGGAGAAAAAGGUGACCGUGGUGAAAGUGUUCCCGGACCCAGGGGACCACCAGGACUUCCAGGACCUCCAGGACCUCCCUCUCGCUCAGACAGCCCUACGUUUUUGGACAUGGAGGGCUCUGGCUUUGGUGAUCUAGAGGGUGUACGGGGACUGCCUGGUAUUCCUGGUCCUCCUGGUCCACCUGGCCCACCCGGACCCCCAGGACCUGUAGGUCUCACUAAUGUUUCACAUGCUACUGUUUCUGGUGUGUCUGGACCUUCUGGUCCACCUGGAAAGGACGGCGCUCCAGGACAACCGGGACUUCCAGGCCUCCCUGGUACUGAGGGAAAACCCGGCCUGCCUGGCCCUAAAGGAGAGAAGGGUGAUACCGGCGAGCUCGGCUUACCUGGAGUUGUGGGAGAAAAGGGUGCACAGGGGCUUCCUGGUUAUCCAGGAGCACCCGGACAGACUGGCCUCGCUGGCCUUCCAGGACCAAUGGGACCUGUGGGACCACCUGGGCCUCCAGGGCCGAGCUACCAUGCUGGAUUUGACGACAUGGAGGGUUCAGGUGUAAACUUUUUCGGUGGCGUGCCUGGAGUCAGAGGACCUGAAGGCAAACAGGGUCCACCUGGUCUACCAGGUCAGCCUGGUAUACCUGGGCAGAAAGGAGAGAAAGGCAGCGAGGGGCUUCCGGGAAUAUCUGGCCAUCCUGGACUUGAUGGAUUUCCUGGACCACAGGGAGCGCAGGGAGAGCGUGGAUUUAAAGGAGAAAGAGGUGAUCCAGGUCGUGAUGGUGUUGGCCAUCCAGGCCUUCCAGGACCACCUGGACCUCCAGGACAAAUUAUCUAUCGGUCUGCAGAUGGUUCUGGCAUCCCUGGUCAAGCAGGAUUCCCAGGACCAAUGGGACCGAAGGGUGAGAGAGGAGACCCAGGUGCUCCAGGAAAUGGCAUUAAGGGUGAGAAAGGGGAACCUGGUGUGGUUAUUGGACCUGAUGGAAGUCCUCUAUUUCUUGGUGCGACAGCUGGGCAAAAAGGGGAGAGGGGACCUGCUGGAUCAGUUGGACCUCCUGGACCAUAUGGUCCUCCCGGCAUGAAGGGUGAGAUCGGAAUGCCAGGCAGGCCUGGUCGGCCAGGUAUACUUGGAAGUAAAGGAGAAAAAGGAGAGUCGGGCUCAGGAUACAGUUAUCCUGGUCCACCUGGGCCUCCAGGUCCUCCAGGUCCCCCGGGACCCCUAGCAUACCCUUCAGCUGUGGACAGAUUUGGUAGAUAUGAAGACUCUAGAACAGUGUACCCAGGUGCGAAAGGAGAGAAGGGAGACCGUGGGGUCCCUGGUCUUCCUGGGACACCAGGCAACUUUGACAUUUACACUCUGAAGAACGAGCUGAAGGGUGAGCGUGGAGACACAGGACUGAAAGGAGAGAAGGGUGAGCCAGGUGUACAGUACGGUUCUCACUACGGAGGCGUGCAGGGACCACCAGGACCUCCUGGUCCUCGUGGAGAUUCAAUCAGAGGGCCUCCUGGUCCACAGGGUCCACCAGGACCUCAGGGUGUUGGUUAUGAUGGCCGUCCAGGAAACCCAGGACCACCAGGACCUCCCGGGCCACCUGGUUCACCCUCAUUACCUGGCGCCCACAGACCUACAGUCAGCAUUCCUGGCCCUCCUGGUCCUCCUGGUCCACCUGGGUUGCCUGGCCAGAAUGCUGGAGUGACAAUACUGAGAACGUUUGACUUAAUGCUCGCAACAGCACAGAGACAACCAGAGGGUGCUCUCAUCUACAUAAUGGACAAAAGCGAUCUCUAUGUCAGAGUGCGUGAUGGCGUCAGACAAGUCAUGCUUGGGACUUAUAACCCCUUCUACAGAGAUUCACACAAUGAGGUGGCAGCGGUACAGCCUCCCCCAGUAGUGCAAUACUCACAGAGCCACUCAGCAAAUAAUGGAGCAGAGCAUUACUCCCAUGUUGACUCUCCAAUCCGGCAGCCAGAUAGCCACGGGAGCGAGCAUUCUCAGCCAGCCAUUGAUCCACAGUACAACACACACUACUCCUCACACCCAGACACCAGGUACCCACCUCACCCUGACUACAGAUUUCCGGCACGCACUGAUCGACCGUACAUCCCUGUACAGCCAGAGAGGUAUCCCAUCCCCCCAGUCCUCAGACCCAGCACACCCAUCCAUCAGCCUGAGGAUCAUGUACACACAUCGGGACCAGGGCUGCAUCUGAUCGCCCUGAACAGCCCUCAGGUGGGGAACAUGAGGGGCAUCCGUGGCGCAGACUUCCUGUGCUUCCAGCAGGCACGCGCUGCCGGCCUGAAGGGAACAUUUAGGGCUUUCCUGUCCUCCAAACUGCAGGAUCUCUAUAGCAUCGUUCGCAAAUCUGACAGAAACACACUGCCCAUUGUCAACCUCAAGGACCAAGUGCUGUUCAGCAGCUGGGAAUCGCUGUUCGGUGAUUCAGAGGGCAGGUUGAAGACCAGCAUACCCAUAUAUUCAUUUGAUGGCAGAGAUAUCCUCAGGGACAGUGCUUGGCCAGAGAAGAUGAUCUGGCAUGGCUCCAGUGGUAAGGGUCACCGUCAAAUGGAUAACUACUGUGAGACGUGGAGGACGUCGGAUCUCGCCGUGAUGGGUCUGGCCUCAUCUCUGCAGGCUGGCCAGAUCCUACAGCAGAAACCCAGCAGCUGCUCCAACAACUUCAUAGUGCUGUGUAUCGAGAACAGCUACAUCACACAGUCUAAGAAGUAAAUGAUCCAUCAGUCCUAUAUAGUGCAGACCACAUUAGGUUAACUGUCUGGGCAGAUUUUAAAUUUUUUCCAAUUUUCUACUCUGUUUAUAACAUGAAAAACAAAAAGAAAUUUAAAAGACAGGGCCUGGGUCUGCAUCGCAGAGAGGCUGCCCGCUGUCCUCUGGUUCCUUUUAUAAUGCCAACAAGACAGGCUGUUGGCGCUGUCUCCCGGCAUUGGCACAUAUUUUCUAGGAGGGGUUUGAACCAGAGAGGACAGGAAAUGCAGAGAGGCAGGGUUUUCAAUUGUAUUUUCCAUAUAAAAUUGUAUAUGACAUGUUUGUUGUUCCUGUUGGUUUUUAUGUUUCUUUAUUAAAAAAAAAAAAUGUCUUAAGUGGUAUAUUUAACCAAGUUUUAGCUACAUAUUUUUGUGUAACACUGUUUUUCAUUUAUUGCUUCCAUUUUCAUUCGAGGAUUUUUGAAAAUUAAGGGGCAGACAUGUCUAAAACCAUUUUAGAUUUUACAAAGAGAGUAAAUAUUUAUUUUGUGCUAAAAACAAACAAACAAAAAAAAAACCUAAAUCAUGAAUUUGAAACAUAGAAUACUGUUUUAUUCUAUUUUAGCCAGCACUUUUUUUUGCAGGAUAUGGCUUGUAUAUACAUAGAUAAAAGUGUGAACCUAAAAUAGUCUUUUCCCAAACCAUGCCCACAAAAGACUAGUUUUGUGACGCCUUGAAUAUUUCAGUAUUUAGCCCCUGAAAUACGUUUUUUACUGUAUUUUUUUUUUCCAAACAAAUGUCUAUUGUAUGUAGACUAUGGGAUCAAAAUUAUAUGAAAUAUGAUCAGUGGAAAAUUAAUAUGGACUUUAUUCUCUGUGUUAAUGUUUUUGUUCAUUCCAGACCAUUUAUACAGGAAAUGUUUAAAAAAAAAAAAAAAAAGAAAA